UGAAACCGGAAACUAUGAAAACGUCGCUAUGGUAACGUAUACAACUCUGCACAGAUUAGCUUGUUAGCAGCAGUCGGACUUCUUUAUUUUCUACUUCUCGUUGUAUCUAGUUUGGUAUUGAUGAGAUGCGAUGGAGGGGUCCGAUACAUAUCUCAUACGACCUAAUCAUCAGGACAAGUUCAAGUCAUCCAUUGUGAAGGAGUGCAUUCGUGAAAUUGUGAGGGAGAGACUUUCUGGGAUGCGUUACGACCCAGAAGAAGUCCCAGAGCUGACCCGUUCACUUGCAGACUGCAUUAAGGACAAAGUGAAGAAUGCAGGGCUUGACAGAUAUAAGCUUGUCGUGCAGGUGGUCAUUGGAGAACAACGAGGACAAGGAGUCAAGAUGUCUUCAAGGUGUUUGUGGGAUGCUGACACAGACAACUAUGCAGAAGAUGUUUUCAUGAACGACAGCUUAUUUUGUGUGGUGGCAGUUUUUGGAAGCUAUUACUACUGAGGACAAGAGGAUGGAUGACAGAAAAGUCUUUCGAAAGAUGUGAGGUGAACAUUUCAAUGAGGCUGCUCACCGCCAGCACUCCGGAACCACGGUGCGUUGAUCUGAAGUAACUGUUUAUGUAAUUUCAGCAUCUUGAGAUCAACACAGAUGACCUCCAGUGUAGAAGCGAUGGGCAUCUGUGCUGAUACUGUAGUGAUUUAAAUAUGAAGGAUUUCACCUGGAUUGUCUUGAGCUGCAGACUGAGGUGUCCUGUUUACUUUGAAGGGUUUACAGCUUGAAAUGUCUCUAUUUCCAAGAAUUAUUUAUUGUUCAGCCAACCUGCUAGAUUAGUAGAAUGGGUUUUUACUAGAGUACAAUGCAUAUUUGUACUUCACUUUUUUGCUUGAAUUAGCACAAUGGCUACAGUAGAGGUCAGUAUUUAUCUCUGUCAACAUGAUGACAGAUGAUUACUGUUGGCAAACUACUGUUAAUUGCAGUUAUUAAAGACUCAAUUUCAACCGUUUUCUGUCAAGUGCAUCACCACCUGUAUGAUCUCUGUUUUGCUAAGGUGAUUGUAAAUAAUAAAUCAACCAUUAGUUCAAUUUUGA